AUGUAUAAAAAUAAUUAUUAUUAUUAUUUGUUAUUACUUAUAUUUGUGGCUGGUUGUUUUGUAGUUGAUGCUAAAUCUCUUGAUAGUGUGGAGACUGUCGCUGCUAAAUUUGGAGUACCUCUGAAUGUUAGCUAUGAUCACAGAUCUUUGAUAAUCAAUGGCGAGAGAAAGUUGUUGCUCAGUGCAUCGAUUCACUAUCCACGUGCUACACCAUCGAUGUGGCGACCAGUCCUAGAGGCAACCAAGGCAGCCGGUAUCGAUCUAAUUGAAACCUAUACUUUCUGGAAUUUACACGAACCAACUCCUGGAACCUACAACUUUGAAGGCAAUGCAAAUGUCACUGCUUUCCUUGAUAUCUGCGCAGAGCUAGGUCUGUAUGUCACCGUUCGUUUUGGUCCCUAUGUGUGUGCUGAAUGGAACUACGGUGGUUUCCCUUUCUGGUUGAAGGAAAUCGAUGGAAUCGUUUUCAGAGACUACAACCAGCCGUUCAUGGAUCAAAUGAGUAACUGGAUGACCUACAUUGUCAACUAUCUCAGACCAUAUUAUGCAUCGAACGGUGGUCCCAUUAUUUUGGCACAAGUCGAGAAUGAGUAUGGUUGGUUGGAGGCUGCCUAUGGUGCCAGUGGAACCAAGUAUGCGUUGUGGGCUGCUCAAUUUGCCAACUCACUCGACAUUGGUAUUCCCUGGAUCAUGUGCUCUCAGGAUGACAUUGCCACUGUCAUUAAUACUUGCAAUGGUUUCUACUGUCACGAUUGGAUUGACGUACACUGGACAGCCUAUCCAAAUCAACCGGCAUUCUGGACUGAGAACUGGCCAGGUUGGUUCCAGAAUUGGGAAGGAGGUGUUCCACAUAGACCAGUUCAGGAUGUGUUGUACUCUGUUGCCAGAUGGAUUGCCUACGGUGGUUCAAUGAUGAACUACUACAUGUGGUUCGGUGGAACCACUUUUGGUCGUUGGACAGGUGGUCCUUUCAUUACGACAUCGUACGACUAUGACGGUGCCAUCGAUGAAUAUGGAUAUCCAUACGAACCGAAAUACAGUCAGAGUCUUGAAUUCCAUACUAUCAUUCAUGCCUAUGAGCAUAUCAUCCUCUCAAUGAACCCACCAAAACCAAUUCUAUUGGGUGAGAAUGUUGAAAUCUCACAUUUCUACUCUGUGGAGACCGGUGAAUCAUUCUCUUUCCUUGCCAACUUUGGUGCAACCGGUGUUCAAACCGUCCAAUGGAAUGGCAUUACCUUUAAAGUUCAACCAUGGUCAGUUCAACUACUUUACAACAACGUAUCGAUCUUUGACACAUCCGCAACACCAAUUGGCUCACCCGUUCCCAAACAAUUCACACCAAUCAAAUCAUUUGAAAACAUCGGUCAAUGGUCAGAGAGUUUCGAUUUGACAUUUACCAACUACUCAGAAACACCGAUGGAACAACUUUCAUUGACACGCGACCAAACCGACUAUCUCUGGUAUGUAACCAAGAUCGAAGUGAACAGAGUAGGUGCACAACUCUCACUUCCCAACAUCUCUGAUAUGGUACAUGUUUUCGUUGAUAAUCAAUACAUUGCCACUGGAAGAGGUCCAACCAAUAUCACUUUGAACUCUACCAUUGGUGUAGGUGGUCAUACUCUGCAAGUGUUACAUACCAAGGUUGGAUUGGUCAACUAUGCUGAACACAUGGAAGCAACAGUAGCUGGUAUCUUUGAGCCUGUCACUCUUGACUCUGUCGAUAUCUCAUCGAAUGGAUGGUCAAUGAAACCUUUUGUUCAAGGUGAAACACUCCAACUCUACAAUCCAAAUCACUCUGGAUCUGUUCAAUGGACUAAUGUUACCGGCAACCCACCUCUAACCUGGUAUAAAUUUAACUUUAACUUGGAAUUGUCAUCGAAUAUGUCAUUGGCAUUAGAUAUGCUUGGUAUGACAAAAGGAAUGAUAUUCGUUAAUGGUUACAAUAUUGGUCGUUAUUGGUUGGCUCUUGCUUAUGGUUGUAAUCCAUGUACAUACCAGGGAGGUUACAGUCCAAGCAUGUGUCAAUUAGGUUGCGGUGAACCAAGUCAACAAUAUUAUCAUGUACCUACCGAUUGGUUAAUGAAUGGUGAAAAUGAAAUUGUAAUAUUCGAAGAAGUAUAUGGUAAUCCAGAAGCUAUAACAUUAGUACAAAGAGUAAUACCCUAUACAAAUGACUGUUAUUAA